UGCAUAUGAUGACCUUGAUUUAUGGAUGAUACAGAUUCUGCAUAUGAUGACCUUGAUUUAUGGAUGAGUGACCAUCAACUGGUAGGUUGUAUUUUCGGCUGCUAGGUGAUUCACACUUGCACGUGACAUGAUAAAGUCCUCUCUUUUAUGAAAUAGAAUGUUAUGAUUUCAUUUCGAUUUGCAUGAGCCUUAUUGAUAAAAGUUCAACCUGGGAGGCUGCUUGUACUUUUGCUCUUCUUCACAAAUUGUAACCUGGCAGGCAAGAUAUAGAUGUAUUUAAUGCUUUCUUAACCAUUUUUAUCAGGAUAAUCUAUAUUUUAUUGACCCUGUGAAUUACUUAAUUACCUACUACUUCAGAAUCAUAACACCAGUAUCUCCACUCUCUUGUUGGGUACAUGUACAUAUUUUAAAUCCUCUCAUCUCACACUAUCAUACAGUAACUCUAUCACAACAGAGCUCUGGAACUGCGAGUGAUUCCAUCCAGGAGGUGUAAGUCAUUGGGCUGGCAUUUAUGAAGCGGUUACUCAUUUUAGGGUGUGAAUUCUCCCUGUACACUGCACACAUCAGAGGUACUGAUCUAAGUACCGUUUAUCUAAGUACCGUUUAUCUAAGUACCGUUUAUAUAAGUACCGUUUCUCUGACCUUUUUCGCCAGUCCCAUAUUCCUUAUCAUGUGUGCUACAGUACCUCAAUCUUUUUUCCUGACCCUGAAUUUGAGCUCCAGGUGUUGCCCAAACUCCUCCUAAAGCUGUUUGUUUCCCCCAGUGUGAUUUUCUUUUUGAUCCCUUGUUCACCCCUUCACAAUGUAGUAGACUUUUCUGGCAUGUCAACUUGCCUGGUGACAAGUAUCUUUUGAUAUUUUGGUUACAAUUCUAUUUAACACUGUUGAUAAUUGACCUAAUAAACACUGUACUUUUAAGACCAGUGGUUAGGUAAGGUCGUUGAACACAGAUGGGUUUUUUUUUUAUCUAUCUUUUUAUGUUCACUGCCAAAAGUGUGAGACAGACACGGAAUUAUCUACCCUGCAUUGGCACCUAUAUGCAGUAUGUCUGGUGCUCUUAUAAGCUUAUCCAAGACAGAUCUUAUCAUCUGAUCCAAACUUCAUUUACACCUUCAUUACAAUAAAAUCGGGUCAUUUAAUUGUCAAUAACCUAUUCCUUGCAGAAUUAAUAUUCAUAUCAAGUCUGUCAACUGAAUUACGAAAUUAGAGUCUUAUAUUCGGUAUAAAAACACGUGGAGUGAAUAAAAACUUGGCAGAGGCUCCUUGGCACCUAUGUUGCAUAUAAAGUGUAAAUUGUAAGAUUUUAACAUGCAUCAGUUACGUAGGACGAAGGGAUUGACGUAAUGCAUAGAGAGAGCUCUUGUAACUCCUCAUUGAUAUAUGCAGAAAAACAGAUUGUUUACAAGAGGAAAAAACUUCACCUGAAGGAAGUUUAUGUUUUCAAAAUUAAGUACAUCAAUUUUUAGUUCCUAGGAAGAUGGUCUAGUGCAAUUAAAAAAAAAAAAAUGUUAAAAAAAAAAAAAUGUACACAUAAGGAGGAGAAGUUUUAUAAGGUCUUCUACAGGUAUCAUGAAAUUGGGAGCAAUAUCUGAAGUAAUACAUGUAUUGAAUAAUCUGAAUGUUAUAUGACCCUAUAUUUAAGACUAGGAUUUUAUAUAAACAAAAGUCAAGAGCUACUAUUGGAAGUAAACAAAUCGGCUCAAACUUGGAAAUGUGACAGGAAAGUUGUAAUCAUUUCAAGACAGCACUAAUGCUUUAACCCCCCCUACAAGACUUAACAAAGAUUUGCUUUGGUUGCUAAAUCAUGUACAUGUAAGAUAUAAUCUAAACAAAGCAAAUGGAUUGAUCACAUUUAAUGGUGCCCAAUACUUUUUAUAGAGAGUGAGGAGUUCUAUACCCCCAGGGAGCUUUAGUCUCAACUUAUGAUUUUUCAGUCUUUAAAUUCAAAGAGAUUUUCUGGUUUUCAUAUUUGUGUGCAAAUUCCCGUACAUAUCUAUUACCUGUUGACUCUACCCCCUGAAGUGUGUGCUGUAUGGUAUUGAACACACUCUCAUUACCUGAGAAACUGACAGGUGCAAAUCUAUAUUACAAUCAACAAAUUGUGAUCACAGGUGUGAAAUUAUAAGAUUGUAUGAGAAUAAGAAUAUGCAGAUGCAUGUAAUGGUCUGUUUCUUUUUGUUUUCUGUAUGUUAUGAACAUGAUUGCCGUGUGCAUGGCAGUAAGCUCUUUGGUUUGUGCCUGCUUCAUGGAGGCGGAGUCUAUGUAAGGUCAGCCAAUCACAGCUUACAACUUAAAUAACAAGUUUACUAUCAUAGAAUCCAGACUAUGAGAGUUGCUUGGCUGUGUACACAUACUGAUUUUUGACUGUUACAUGUGGAACUGUUUUCUUUGAGAAAAGUUAUUGUUUUUGUUUAUUUACAAUUAGUGAAAGUUGAAUUGAAGAAGCAUUGGAGAAAUAAACCACCUGUGAUUGAUUUAUGAUUUUUUGAAAGAUUGCUAUAUUACAUACACGGGAUUUCUACUGACAGAACACAGUGCUGUUUAGACCUGACAGUGGACUGUAGGUGUUGUGUUGAGGGAUUGUGCUGAUAUUUUUCACUGAGGUGUUGGGCACAACUGUGAAUCACUGUUCACUUGCCCAGCAGGGAUUCCAAUUCCAAGGGUGUCAGAACAUCAGUUCAAGUAAUUAGUGGAGUAAUUAAGACAAACAAAAGAUCAAAGGAUUUAGAAGUGAUUUCCAGGGAUACCUGUAGGGGUCUUGUUGGACAACUUCAGGUAACAUUGAACUGUAGCCAGAAAAGAAACUUUGUAUUUUACAGAAUGGAAAGAAAUAAAUUGUGUGUGAUGAAGAUUCUUAGUCUCCUGUCAACUCUACUUUUGGUGAAGAAAAGUCACAGCUGGCAGACAGACAUACAUGCAAACCUUCAUUUGGAAUUGUCAGAUCUGCAAGGAGUCCAAGUUUAUGAGGGUGAGAGUGGUAAUUCUCCCCACUACAAGCUAGUUCAUGUCGAGAAGGACUCCAUGUUACUCGGAGCGAGAAACAAGAUGUAUAACAUCAGUAUGUCGACUUUGGAAGAAAACGUUUUAGAGAGAAUCGAAUGGGAACCUAGAGACUUUGACAAGAAAGUGUGUCAGACCAAAAUGAAAACAGAGGAAGAAUGUCAAAACCAUAUUAGGGUCAUUGGCAAAAAACCAUCAGGGGAAUUGUACGUGUGUGGUACCAACGCAUUCAAGCCCAAAUGUCGCACCUAUAUCAAGUCUGAGGAGAUGACCUAUGUUAUGAAAACAGAAGAAAAGGGGGUCGGAAGAUGUGCAUUUGAUCCAACCCAUAACAGUUCCUAUGUAUUUUCAGAUGGCAAGCUGUUUUCCGCUACUGUGUCCGAUUUUUCUGAGCGUGACCCUUUGAUAUUCAGUACCAAGUAUGGUUCCUCUGGUCUCAGGACUGAACAACAUGAUUCGAAAUGGCUGAAUGAUCCAAACUUUGUUGGUUCCUUUGACAUUAAAGAUAAAAUCUACUUCUUCUUUCGCGAGACUGCAGUGGAACACAUCAACUGUGGAAAGACAGUGUUUUCGAGAGUAGCCAGAAUAUGUAAAAACGACAGAGGUGGUCAAAUUAUGAUGAAAAGCAUAUGGACCUCAUUCUUUAAGGCCAGAUUGAAUUGCAGUAUACCUGGGGAUUAUCCUUACUACCUGGAUGAAAUUCAAUCUACGUCAGAAAUGGGUCAAGGAAACUACAUGUCGACAGACAGAAGUGAUAACAGGACAGAUAUGCUAUAUGCUGUAUUUCGUACCCCUGAAAAUAGCAUACAGGGCUCUGCAGUGUGUGCCUUCAAAUUAUCUGAUAUCGAAAAAACAUUUAUGGGAAAGUUCAAAGGACAAGAGUCAACAUAUCAUAAUUGGCUCCCCGUGUCGCAUCCCAAUCCCGACAGGACCCAACAUCCCAGCACCUGUGUCAACGACUCCUACCAAAUCUCGGAGCCAAUGCUGAAUUUUAUCAAAUCACAUACCCUUAUGGAUGGGGCUGUACCCAGUGCUGGCGGGAGCCCUAUCAUUGUUCUACCUACUUUUAAAGGCAGAAUGACCCAGAUCGCAGUUGACUGGCAGGUUCAUGCUGGCGACGGCAGAUAUUAUGAUGUCAUUUUCGUUGGAACUGAUGAUGGUCGAGUCCUCAAGGUCAUCAACAAAGGUCGAGGGUCAAAUGUUGAGACUGUAGUGAUUGAGAACCUCCAGGUGUUCCCAGAAGAGUAUGUGGUCACUGGACUAAAGAUUUACAGGGCAAAUGGAAAAGAGAAACUGAUUGUUGUUUCUAAGGAGAAAGUCAUCUCAGUUCCUCUGCAUCAGUGUGAGCAUCAGGACUCUUGCAGGUCAUGUGUCAGACUCCAAGAUCCCUACUGUUCAUGGGUGGAUGACAAAUGUGCGGCUAGUGAUCGAGGGUUACAAAGCAUUUUAACUGGUAAACAUGCUGGCUGUGGACCUGAAGAAGUGAAGAAAGCAACAGCUCAGGAAGUCAGGAGUUCCUCAGAAUCCUCGUUAUCUGUUGCAGAAACUGCCAUCGCUAUCGUAGUUUCCAUCGUUCUGUCCUCUAUAUUGUCUUUCCUGGCCGGAUACUGGGUCAGGUCCUGUCGAAGUGAACCACAGGAGAACCAGCUCACAAAUGAAGAAAUAUAUGGUUCCUUACAGAAAAAUCAUAACAAACUAAAAGACAAUGAGCCACGCUAUGUGAAUCAUGCUCAACUCGAGCGGAACAAUUCUCAGAAGCAACUCAAUCUCAUAGUGACAAAUAUUCAAAAGGGCUCGAAUUUACCAAAUGGGAGUGCAUUACAAAAGCCAGUUUUGAACAUUCCUGUGCCUGAUAAAACCUAUGUAUAGUUAGAGAAUGGUCAAUAGAAUUGUGUUUUCAUUGUUGCACACAUAGUGGCUGUGAUAAUGUGAUGACCAAAGCCAACCCAAGGCAGAACUCCCUGCCCCAGACCAAAAUGAGGCUUGGCCUAUUUCAUGGUCUUCAUAAAGAAUGAAAGACUUGAAAGCCACUAGCAGAAUUAGCUAGCAGAUGGCUUGCAAAGACAUUCCAUGAACUGUAGGAAACCCUACUUAAUUUAUACUGCCAAAUAUGUAAAAACAUUUUGUGAUAGUGCUACAGUGUAUACAGUGUAUAUAUUUUGUAAAUUGCGUUUAUUAUAACUGAAGAAAAAAUAAUUCAGUAUAAAUGUAGUAACUAUUUGGCAAUAUUAUUUAUUGUCAAAUUUAGAUGACAGAUUUCACUGGUGCUUGAUACUUACUGUAAGGGCAACAUUUAUGGUACCUAGAACAAAAAAAGGAGUGUUCACUUGGCAUUCACAUUUUACCUGUGUGUGUGAUCACAGGCUGGAACGUUUGCAUUCAUUUUUGCCCAGACAGAGGUCCAAAAUCAGGGCUGGAUUCUUGAGGAAGGACCGGAAAAAGAAUUUGAAAUAGGGCUUUUUUGGUGGUCAGUUUUUGAUGUGACCUGGCGUGCUCUUAAUAUUGUAAUGAUGUUUUAAGAACAACGAAUCAAAAAAUGAUGAUAGAUUUCUGUGUUCAGACUAAUUAACAGGAAGGUACUCAGUGCUUAUUGAAUGACACCGAACCAGCCACUGAAGGGUUGAACUUUUUUAUGUAAAUUGUAAUCAUGAUGAUCUCAUUUUUAUAGGCCAGUGUAAUCUAGUGGUGACCUGCAGCAGGGGGGAUAUGUGUGUUUGAAAAAGAAAACUUUACUCUUAAUACAGGUUAAACUGUUAAAAUUAAGCAACAGCAUUUGAUUUCUAUGUAUAAAUUCCAUCCUCAUUUGUAUUGUUCCAUUUGACUUUCGAUUUAAAAGAUACGGGAAUUUUUUUAAAUGAAUGGUCAACCACUGGAGUUUAGCACUGCCCUACAUAAUACUUUUAUUAGUUAAGAAAUCAGUAUUCCUAUGUUAUGUACAUCAAUGUGUAUACGUGUCACAAUGUAUGUGUCACAAUGCAUUUACCCUCACCCCCACAUCGUGUGACUUUCAGCUUGUCAAUCUGUAACGGUCAAAUGUUAAACACAUUUUUCGAUAACUAUUAUUUUAUGUUUUUAUCACUGUUGUAUUGAAUUAUUAUUCUACACAUAUAAUUCAUUAUGUUAAAUUUAUUAUUUUUAUAUGAUAGAAAACUUUUAUUAUAUUAUAUAAUAAGUUGGAAGUUUUAUUGUACAAAUAGAAUUAAUUUUUUAUUUUCAAAAAUGUUUUUAUAACAGAGGUUAUAUUCAUUCAGAUUGCAAGAAUUCUGAAUUAGCCAAAAACAUUUAACAAAACAGAUAUAACAGAAUCAGAUUAGAAAAUGAAAGUUAAUACUUGGGCUUUAAUAACAAAGAUAUACACACUGAAAGGCUUUAUCUUCUGGUCAGUUGGAGAAAGGUUGUAUCCACAAGUAGUUUUAGUUGAUAAAGGUGCAUCUCUGCUUUCAGUGAGUGCAGUCCCCACUUAUAUAUAUAUAUAUGUACAAGUACACGUUAGAGAGCUUAUAUUUUUGGAAUAUUUUACAUAGUAUUACUUAAUGUAAUCUCCUUCAGAGGUACAAUCUUUUUCAACUGAUCACAAGAGAAUUAUGUAUAGGCUUUAUUGUAACAGAUCAAAGCUGUUUGAUAUGUGCAGUAUGUUUGUAAAUAUUGAUUACUCCACACAGACUAAUUAAGAUUUUUGUUAUCUUACCACUGCUGUGUGAAAUGAAAUGAAAUAUAUCAAAGUUAUGCUCAUAUACAUAUGUAUAUAAAUACAUUUUUAAAACAUGAAAAAAAAGAUUAUAUAAAAAUAAAAUAAUGUGAAUGAAA